GAAAUUGGCAGCUCUGACUCAGACUCAGAGUCAGAGUCGGUACCUAGUACCGAGUCGGUAGGUAGUACAGAGUCGGAAGGCAGUGGAGUCUGGACAUGCUCCUCACUUGCUCGUUCUGAUUUUGCUCUGUUUCGCUGGUCAACACAACAGCUGGGAAGUGACGGAUCUCAAGAACGUUGCUUUUGAAGCUACGGUAGCUAUAAUCAAUAGAAAAUGCAACCUCCCGCUGUGUCUUGCAGAUUGUUCUUCUAAAACUGCUGCUGAAAGGAUGGUGCCAAGCAUAGAGAUUGGACGGCAACAAGAUUCCUGCGGGACAGAUUUGCAGCCCUCAUCACAUCAGCGCGACUCAGAUAGUGAGGCACCAAUUUGGUUUUACUACCACCAUGACGCCUACGGCGAAUUUUGCAACUUCUACCCCGCCCCCAUUUGCAUCGAUGGGAAGGAGUGGUCAACCUCUGAGCACUACUACCAGGCGCAGAAGUUCUUGGACCACCAAUCGGUUGAGCGGAUACGGUUGCUAGGCACUCCUGCAGAGGCAAUGGCUGAGGGGAAUCGACGUGAGCACCCCAUUCGGCCUGGGUGACGGCAGAUGAAGGCUGAUGUCAUGCUGACAGCAGUCAGGGCAAAGUUCACCCAGCACCGGACGCUGAGAGUUGUGUUGCUGCAAACGGGGGUGCGGGAGUUGGUGGAGCAUGGGGCGGAUGCGUUCUCGGGGGAUGGGUUAGACGGUUCUGGGAAGAAUGUGCUUGGCGAGAUUCUGGUCCAGAUGCUGCAGCCGGGCAGCCUCGUCUAUGCCCAUGCAUGA